AUGUCUAUUGCUGAAUAUCAACAGAAGUUUCUCAGGCUUUCUCGUUAUGCUGGUGGUAUCAUUAACGAAAAAGAUAAGUGCAAGCGAUUCGAAGAUGGUUUUAAUAAUUCCAUCAAAAGGUCUGUGGCGGUCCUACAACAUGAGAACUUUUGUAAAUUAGUUUCAACUGCUCUUACGUGGGAAAGAAUCGACAAGGAACAAGCUAGUAGAAAUGAAAACAAGUUUAGAAAGGCUGAUGCAAAUUCAGGAGGUCCAUCUAAAAGGGGAAGGUUUGACAAUUCCAAAGCUGGCAGUGUUCACAAGUCAGCCCAGCAUAAGCAAAAUAGAUCAAAUUUCUCUACUGCUAGCACUCCAAGCUAUGGCCUAGGCAAGACUCAUAUAUCCACUUGUGCACAAUGUGGAAAGAAUCACUCUGGUACUUGUAGGAGAUCUUUUCGUGCUUGUUUUAAUUGUGGGAGCUUCGAUCAUAAAGUGAAGGAUUGUCCUAAUCCUAAGCCUAUUUCUUCUCCGCGUAUAGAAGGCUCAGUUUAG